UAAGCUCUAUUAGUAAGCAUGUCCAAAAUAUUUACACCCACGAAUCAAAUACGCCUCACAAAUGUGGCAAUUGUGCGGCUGAAAAAAGCGGGCAAGCGCUUCGAAAUAGCCUGCUACAAGAACAAAGUGUUAUCCUGGCGCAACAACAGCGAGAAAGACAUCGAUGAGGUGCUCCAAACACACACGAUCUUUACAAAUGUGUCCAAGGGCCAGGCGGCUAAGAAGGAUGAACUGCAAAAGGCAUUCGGUUCCAAGGACGACACGGAAAUCUGUAAAGAAAUCCUGAGCAAAGGAGAACUCCAAGUGUCAGAGAAGGAGCGACAAAGUGUUCUCGACUCACAACUCAACAGUAUCGUGAAUAGCGUGGCAGCUUUGUGUGUGAAUCCCGAAACACGACGCCCAUAUCCUGCUACAAUCAUCGAAAAAUCCCUUAAGGAUGCGCAUUUUUCCGUCAAGAUGAACAAGAAUACCAAACAGAACACACUGGAGGCCAUCAAAAUGCUGCGCGAGCAUUUGCCUAUUGAGCGCUCAAGAAUGAAGCUACGCGUGAGUUUUGCGGGCAAAGAAGGCGGCGGAAAGCUAAAAGAGAAUGUUAUCAAGUUGGCCAAUAAAGUGGAGCACGAAGAAUGGGAGGAUGCAACGCUGCAUCUGACAUUGCUCAUCGAUCCAGGACAGUAUCGUGUUAUCGACGAACUCGUGCGCAACGAGACCAAGGGCAAAGGAUUACUGGAGCUGCUGGAACUCAAAGAAGUGGUGGAGAGCGAUGAACUUUUCUAACAUGUGAUUACAUUUAAUAGUAUAUAUAUAUAUAUAUAUGUUAUAUAUAAAAACCGGAUAUUUGUUAUUUAACACGAAUGCAUAAAUAUUAAAAAUUGUUGAUUGAGCCCCAGGAA